GUGGACACUGCCGGGAAGUACGAGCAUUUCGGUGAGAGGUGCACCCUGAAGAACGCACGCCACCCCACCACCGUGGUGACCGUAGAGACCACGCGGCUCUACGUGCUCAACAAGUGGGACCUCCUCAAACGCGUGUGCCAAAAGACGAUCGACGACCUCACCGCGGCAUCCCAAGGCAACGUGGACGACGACGCGCUUCGGGCGCACUGCCAUACCUCUGACAAAUGGCGCUCCUACAAGACGUCCCUCGUGGCUGGCAUCGUUGAGGAGCACCGGUCGCGGAAGUGCUGCAGCCCGACGUUCGUGUGGACAGGCUGGAAGCGCGAGGGGUAUUUGAAGCUGCCCUGCGUGGCGGGAAG